CUUUGAUCCAAAGUCCACUUUUUGCACCGUCAAAGAUUUGGAAGUAAUCACUAACAAAUAAAAGUUGCCUCCAUCAAGCUCUUGAUUGCCCUUUUGUCAUCGCGAACCAGUCAUAAACCUAUAGCACGCCAGCACAAGAGGAUAACAUUUCUAUUUAUUGCUGACUGAGUACAGAGAACACAGGAACUAUGGACCAGGUCCUGUAGCCGUACUUCACCCACUCAUAGAAGAGGCUUUUAAAGAUGCCUCGACUUUGAAAAUCCCAGAGGCAGGAUACGCACACGCAGGAUUGCAAUCAUCUUCUUAAUUGCAGAUACUUUUUUCUAUCACACAAUUUCUCUUGCACUGACAUAAAAUAGUUGAUUUCAGAGGAGAGCGAGGCCUUGCUAAAUGGAUACCAACGCUACCGGGAGUGUGCAAUACGAUCGCUGGAAUGAGGACAACAUCAACAUGAAUGUGGAGGCCUCACAAGCAACCGGGCUCUACAACAGAUUUUGCACCGGCACCACUGGCAUCGCAGUCAAGACAGUCGGAGCUCUGGCCGCACUGGUGUCCAUCUACAUCAUAGGAUAUGUGACGGGCUACUACGUCCAUAGAUGCUGAUGGAACCCGGAAUAGUUGAAAAAGGCUUUUGGAUAAUCUCGCACAUUUCUAUUUUUCUCUUUUUCUAUAUAAAAAAAAGGGACAAUCACAAAGCAAUUCAAUAACAAAUGAAUACAUCUGACAAUUCCAUUGAUUAAUUGACAGAAAAAUUUUGCUCCUGAUUUUCCAACUGUCAAGACUGUAAAGGUUCAUCUAUUGCGUGUGAAUUUGUGUGACUGUUGAAUUAGAAAUCUAAAAAAAAAGAGAUUGCAGAAUUUGAAGCUAAAAUGACUUUUUAAAAAACAACGUGUUGCGAUUGUUGCAAAUGUGAUGUAGUUCAUGUCCAAGCUUAUUGGGGAUUUAAAGAUAUGAUAAACAGUCUGUACUUCUUUG